ACUGAAGGGAGUGGUCGACAAGGGCGUGAGUCUGACACAGACUGUAUCACACUGGCCAGGUGAGGCGUUGUAUAAAGCGGCGGCCGGACGGAAACAAACACUUAUUCACAAGAGGAACAAAACAUGAGGAUACUUUUACUUCUAGCUGCCAUAGCAGCAGCAUCACAGGCUCAGAAUGACUGCUCCCGGGGGGCCUGCUAUCCACCCACCAAUGACCUGCUCCUGGGCAGGGCCGGCCAGCUUCAGGCCUCCUCCACCUGCGGCCUCACCGGUUCCGAGAUUUUCUGCACCCCAUACCAACAGAGGAAAAUGAAGUGCUGUCCAUGUGACUCCAGGAACCCAAACAGUCAGCUGGCCCACACUGUGAAGGAGGUCCUGUCUACCUCUGCACCAGAUAGAUGGUGGCAGUCCAGGAAAGACCCAAGUCCGGUUACUCUCCAGCUGGACCUCCAAAACAUGUUCCAGCUUGACAACCUGGUGCUCAGCUUCAAGGGACCCCGUCCCAGUGCCCUGGUCAUAGAGAGGACGCUGGAUAAUGGGCGGACGUGGCAACCAGCUCUCUACAUGGCUACAAACUGUCAACAAUCGUUUCCUGGAGUCCCCACAGCGACUCCUCUCACCCUGGACCGGACAUACUGCUACACACUCCCCCCUACUGGAACAAACCCAUACCAGGAUCACAGGAUUGAGUUCAGUCCUUUGCGUCAGUACGCCUACGUCUCAGCUCCCGACAGCCAAAAGAUUGAAGACGUGUCCGGGUUAACGGGGCUGAGGGUGAGGCUGAUGGAGCUGGGCGACGUCCCCCGUCUACCAGGCAGAGCUCUCAGCAGGUUUUACGCCCUGAAGGAGAUGAAGGUGAUGGGCAGCUGCAUGUGCCACGGACACGCCAACCGAUGCCUGCAAGACAGCAACCUGCUGCCCAACGGCAUACAGGUUCACCCUCAGUGCGACUGCCAACACAACACAGCUGGUGUGAACUGUGAGCGUUGUGCUGAUCUCUACAACGAUCUGCCCUGGAGGCCCGCGGUGGAGGGAAACACUCACACCUGCAAACGUUGCGAGUGCAACAACCACGCCGAGCGCUGUCACUUCGACCAGGCGGUGUACGAGGCCAGCGGGAGGAGAAGCGGAGGCGUGUGCGACGGCUGCAUGCACCACACCACGGGGCCGAAGUGUGAUCAGUGCGCCCCGGGAUACCAGCCGAACCCCCGCAGCAGGAUGGACCGUCCUGACGCCUGCAUACGUUGUGUCUGCAGUGCCGAGGGGACCGUGAACGGGGGACGUUGUGACGACAGCACCAGCUCCUGUCAGUGCAAAGCCAACGUGGAGGGUCCACGCUGUGACCGCUGUAAGAGAGGAUACCACAGCUUGAGCACCUCCAACCCCCUGGGCUGCACCAAGUGUUCCUGCUUUGGAGCCGGCUCGCUUUCAGACGUGUGCGACCAGGUGACCGGCCAGUGUUCCUGCCGUCCCCACUUCCACGGCCUCAACUGUGACAAGUGUUCACAAGGUUACUGGAGGCCAUUCCUGUCAGACCGCUGCGAACCCUGCGGCUGUGACCCCACCAGGUCGAGCAGCGACAGCUGUGACCAGCUGACGGGUCAGUGUCGGUGCAGACCGGGCUUUGGAGGCCGCACAUGUACCGAGUGUCCAGACAACACAUACGGAGACCCCCUCAUAGGCUGCCAGCCCUGUCGGUGCAACACUGAAGGAACCCUCCCGGGAACGUGUGACAAGCAGACCGGGUUCUGUUUGUGUCGGCCGGGCGUCACCGGUGUCCGCUGCGACUCCUGCAGCCGAGGACACUGCGACUCCUUCCCGGCCUGCGAGCAGUGUCCCUCUUGCUUCUUCACUCUCGAUGCCCGGCGCCAGAACUUCAGUUUAGCUCUGGAAAGGCUUUCCCCCAGAUUGCCGACUCGUCCCGGAGGCACUGGUGAUUUCGGAAACUUUGGUCCGCGCUUCCUGAGCCUGGAAACACGCCUGAACGAGAUUCGGAACUCCAUCUCCCUUCCACCUAACGCCGCCAGACAGGUUGACGACGCGCUGUUUCAGCUGGACAGACUGAGGGACCGUUUGGACAGUGCUGGUAACAACCUUUCACCCCUGGUAAAAAACCAAGCUCUGGACCCAGAGCUGGACAAACUGCAGACUCUGCUGGACUCCCUCAUCCUGGUGUACAAAGCUAAGAAAGGUGCCUUGGAUAACUCCGUCAGUCCCGGCAACGCAGGAGACUUUACUGCCAUCAAGGACGCCUACGACCAGUCUACGGACGCAGCCAAGAAAGCUGACGGCACCAGUGCCACCGUAAGGGAGUCGGCUAAUAUCAGAGAAGAGGCCAUGAACAUUCGGAACCAAGUUCAGCCAAAAAACACCAGAGAUCUGGACACACUGAACAACAACAUGGCCUCCAAACCUGAUCUCACUCCAGUCGCCAAUAAGGUGUGCGGCAGCGUUCGCACCGAGCCCUGCACCCCUCUCCAGUGUGAGGGCGGAGACCUGUGUCCGUCUGAGGGAGUCCCACCGUGUGAUAAGGGGGACAGAUGUGUGGGCGCGCUGCCUCUGAGCAAGAGGGCGACCGCAGACACCCGGGAUGUGAAGGACCGGCUCGCCAAUCUCACCAAAAAGAUCACGGAGGCUGCAGAGAAGCUCCAGAAAACACAAGACACAACCAAUCAGGUGAGACAGUCCACGGAGAAGCUGUCCAGUAAGCUGAGGUCGGCCAGUGAUGAGCUGGAAGACGACUUAAAGGACACGCGUGCUAUUGUGACACAGCUCAAAGACUUCCUGUCAGACCCGUCUUCCGACUUGACCCAUGUCCAGAACGUGAGUGACUUUAUCCUGCAAGCCAAGCUUCCCCGGAACCUGGCCUCUCUGAAGAAGAAGCUAGAGGAUCUCAAGAAUCUAGCGGCCAACCUGCCGGACAGCACGAAGAUACUGGAGGACGCGCAGCCGCAGCUGGACGCAGCCAAGAAGCUGUUGGAGGAGGCCCAGGAUGCAAGGGACACUGCAGUGGGAGUGAAAGCUGACGUGGACGGGCUUCUGGAAGGCUUCAGAGCAGCAGAGGGCUCAGAGUCAGACCUGGAGCAAAGACUGAGCGACACCAUGGAUAUGAUCGACAAACUGAACAACAACCUGACUGAUGCUGAAAACAAGCUGACUCCAGCGGAGAAGAAUCUGAUUGAUCUAGCAAAGCUGAUCAAUGACAUGAAACCACAGAUGGAUGACCUGAAGCAGCUGCUCCAGGACGGAAAACAGCAAGCCGAGGAGGCGCUAGAAAAAGCAGACCUGGCUAAUGAUAAGGCAGAUGAAGCAGAAAAUGAUUUGUUGACUUUGGAGAAGCAGUUCGAAAAUCUUAAGGGUAAAGAUCCAGGAACAAGUGGAAACGCCGGGGUGGUGAAGGAUCGUCUGGCAAAGAUGCAGAAGGACACCGGAGCUCUGGUGAACACCACCGACACCAUGAUGAAGGCUCUUGAAGGAAAAGCAGAUUCCCUCAGAAGGCUGCAGGGCGAGAUCCUUCAGAAGUCGACAAAGCUCGAAGGGCUCGACGCCAAGAUGAGAGAGCUUCUGGAAAACCUUCGAUAUCAAGCCGACAGACACACCAGCUGUAUACACUGAGGUCCGCCGCGGUUUGCGUUGGACGUCUGCCCCUCUUCAAGAAUGAUUUUAAAAUGUAAUGGAAGUACAAAAUGAUUUUAAUUCAAAUUUAAUAUCAGCAUCAUCAUGGCUGCUAAUUACUGCGUUUUUUAAAAGUUACUUAUUUACUCUCACAGCAACAGUGUAGCACCGCCUCUUAUAAAAUCUACACAGCACCUCUCAUCAUCACUGCUUUGCUUUUCAAAUAUGUUUUUAGUUUUUACCUUCAUGUCAGACCAGGCUGUUACAGUAAACAAUAAAACCAUUGGGACUAUGACACAAUAUCUGUUUAUGAUCAAAUGUGACGAGUGUGCACCUGCUUGUUAACAGGUGUAACUCAUUAAACUACAGAAUAACAUGCAGCUGCUGACAACAUUUAUGAGAGCGAAUAAGUAUUCUUUAGAUUCCCAUUCACCAACAGUAUAAUCCCUUUCUGAUCAAUAUUAUGUAGGCAGUUAAUGCAUCUUCAUGACUCAGUGAUGGAUGAAAUUUAUUUAUUGUUUUAUUCUAAUAAAAGUUUGUUAAUACUU